AUGAGAUCCGGUGCUGCUCUGGUCCUGCUGGCCGGUCUGGCCGCCGCAUACCCAGGAGAAGUCCUGCGCAAGCGUGCCCUGGCACCGCGUGAAGGCUGUCCCGCCGAACUCACCGCCGGCCAGUUCGAAUUCCCCCACUACAUCACGCAGAUCUCCAAGUCUCAGCCCGACAAGGCUUUCGGGCCCCAGCUCAACGGCGUCUUCACCCCCAACGACAUCUCGUCCAUCUUCAGCUUUGAUGUCCCCGCCUCCCGCGCCGACGCCAACUGCACACUCGAGUUCAUCUUCCCACUCAAGUCGCAGCUGAAGACGUCUAACUUCGACUACGAAGGCGGUGGCUCGUUCUUCUUCACGGGAUACAACCCAGGCAGCUGCCCGGGCCCCGAGACGACGUACAACAACCAGCCCGCUCCGGGUCCUUUCCCUCCGUUCCCGCCCAUCCAUAUGGAGCCCGGAAAUGCUUACACCAUUGAUGUCGGCCCUUGCUUCGUGGGCGCGGGAACGUGCGUUGCCGGUAUGACCUCGACGAACGACACCAACUUCUGGUUCUUCCAGGACCAGGACGAGUGCCCAAUCGGCAUCUACACGGCCUACUCGUACGGCCUGCCGCCAAUGGCCAUCCCGCCCGUAUAA